AUGACGGACACAUUGCUGAGCUAUGCCAGAUCCGGUCUGCCGCCGGAAGUCGCGAGCCUGACGGAGUCCCACUUGAAGAACCUCGAAGAAGGCGAAUAUGAGAGCCUGUUGACGAGUGAAGACGCACAAGAACUACUCGGACAGGCUCAAGACUCCGCGCUUAAGGAUAUCAAACCUGAAGACUCCAAGACGUGGAAUGAUGAAAUUUUCCACCGACUGGGUGCUUUGUGCGGCGACCGUACGAGACCGGAGAAACAAAUCGUCCUCUUCUGCAUAGGAUAUGCUGCCCUACUGGCAUUUGUCCAGUCUAACGUGACGGGUCCGCCUUUGGAGUUUCAGCCAUCGACCGUUCUACUCCCCGCAAAGACGGAAUCGGAGAGGCGAGAAGUCAGACAGCAGCUGAUCGCGGGGUUGACUGUCGAUGGUAUUGCACCGUACAAGCUGACCCCCAACAUCGAGCUGCUUUGUCUUGCUGAUGCCGUAAUGACAUGCCCAUCUAUCUUGAAGAACGUCAAGGCCGCCAGAUGGGCAAAGAUGCGAGUUGCAUUCCUACAACAACGCUUAUUAUCCGAGGUCUCUUCCACCUUGCAAGACGUAAUCUACGAUGAUCUGGCGUUGCUGGAAGAGGACCUCAGCUCACACGGUGGAGAGCGCGCGAGCCUCGAAGCUGACUUUCUACUGGAGAGGGCGACGAUUCAUAUCCAUCACGGCUUGGACAAGCGUGCUCGAGCUGAUCUCGAGAAGGCGAAGAGCGAUCGACACUUUGAAUUUGCUCUAACCGGCCUUCUCGGGAAGCGUACGAAAUAUCAGGAGAAGGAAGUAAGCCAGCUCGUAGUGCUCGCCAAGAGUCGGGAUGGCAGCGAGUCCGAUGCAUUGGGGGAUGGCAAAGUGGUGUCGGAACAGACAGCGGACUCGCCUGCUAGGCCGGCAAAUCUUGAUCUGAACGACGACACUCUUCUCGAAUCUAUCUCCUUUUCAGAGAAACCUUCUGAUUCGCAGACAACCGAGAUCAAAGACGAAGACUCUCUGCCAUCAUCCCUCAAGGGCCUCGAUCCUUCGAAUCAGCCUCAACUGCAACCCCUAGACUCGGUCAUUCUUCUGACCUUGGCAUCGUCCAUCACAAACACCAAUCCGCAGAACGGCCUGACAAGAGAAGAAACUCUACCAUAUGCUACCAGAGUUCUAGACGGCGGCAGCUCAAAUUGGCAAGUCUACACUCAGGCUUUGCUCGUUCGGAGCAGAAUAGAGGGACAUAGGUCACGAACAGUCGAGCGAGGACUCCUGCAGUUGCAGACUCUGGUCGAUCAAGUGAUUGCUGAUACCACAGGUGCAGGCUCCUCUGGCAAGGAGGAUGCCGACUCCUCAGCUCCUACUUCCACCUUCUUGCCUAAAGCGAAGGAGUCGGAGAGUGCACCGGUCACUGAGCGUAUCCGAUACAUUUUCCAACUCGCGACACCAACACGAUGGGAGCUUGAGUCCGAGCUCGCCAACCGCUGGGUCCAACUCGGUGGUCUGCGCUCUGCGCUGCAAAUCUACGAACGACUAGAACUCUGGGCAGAAGCAGCUUUAUGCUGGGCAGCUACAGAGCGUGAAGAUAAGGCCAAGCGAAUCGUGAGACGGCAACUCUUCCACGCCACGAACGGAGGUCCAGACGUUCUUGAGGGCGAGGUGAGCGAGGAAGAGGAAUGGACUGGUCCUGCCCGUGACCCUCCACCACUGGAUGCACCACGUCUAUACUGCAUUCUUGGCGACAUCGACCAGUCCAUCGAGAUGUAUGAGAAAGCAUGGGAGGUUUCGAAUCAGCGGUAUGCACGGGCACAGCGCUCCAUUGGAAGACAUUUCUUCGCCGCGAGAGAUUUUGUCCGAGCAGCAGAGGCCUACAGUCGCAGCCUGAAAGUCAAUCAGCUCCAGCAUCAAAGUUGGUUUGCUCUCGGAUGUGCUCUUCUGGAGCUCGCGCAAUUCGAAAAGGCAGUCGAAGCCUUCUCCCGCUGCGUCCAGCUCGAUGAAACAGACGCGGAAGCUUGGAGCAAUCUCGCGGCAGCGCUGUUGAGAACAGAUCCAGAUACCCAGAUAACCACCGAGCCCGAGAAGAAAGUGAAACUGGACGACGAUGACGAAGAAGAGGGCACUGCGCAAGCCACAUCCUCAUCCUCCGACCGCGAACAAGCCCUGCGACAAGACGCUCUCAAGGCCCUCAAGCGCGCCGCGACGCUCAAACACGAUUCCUUCCGGAUCUGGGAGAACGCGCUCAUCGUGUCCGCCUCCCUCGACCCACCAGACUACGGCACCAUCCUCUCGGCGCAGACACGCAUCAUCGACCUGCGCGGUCCGAAUGACGGAGAGAAAUGCAUCGACGUCGAAAUCCUCUCGAAAUUGGUGAACCACAUCAUCGCCUCGCACGAUCGCUACGACCCGGAAGAACCCGGUCUCGUCCGCAUGGUCGUGAAAUUCAUGGAUACUUCCGUCGUGCCGCUCAUCACUUCGUCCGCGGCGCUCUGGCAUCUCGUCGGCAAGCUCGCCCUCUGGCGCAAGAGACCCGCGACUGCUCUAGAUGCGGAAGAGAAGGCCUGGAGAGCUGUGACUUCUCAGCCAGGCUGGGAGACCGAAAGUGAGGGGCGAUGGAACCAAGUUGUCGAUGCUACGAUCCGGUUGUGUGAAGCGUACGAGAGUCUGGGAGAGAAAGAAAGGACCGAGGGGCUGAGUGCUGGAGAGCCUGUAGCUAAGGAUUGGAAGUUCAAAGCCAGGAGUGCGAUAAGAGGGAUUUUGGGACGGGGAAAGGAUAGUUGGGAGGGAACAGACGGAUGGGAGAGAUUGAAAGAGUGUAUGGAUGGAUUGAAGGGGUAG